GGACGAAAGCUAUAACGUAGAUAUUGUACCUAUGUUCUUGCUCAAAUAAGAAGCACCUGCUAGACCCAUGAACUCCAGAAAAUAGUUGAGGAGACGUUUUCGUUGUAUUUUGAUCCUCAACGAAUAAUUUGAAUAAUAUGUUUAAUCACUACAUAGUAUAAAACAAAGUCGCUUUCUCUGUCCCUAUAUCUGUCUGGCCCUAUGUAUGCUUAAAUCUUUAAAACUACGCAACGGAUUUUGAUGCGGUCUUUUUUAAUAGAUAGAGUGAUUGAAGAGGAAGGUUUAUAUGUAUAAUAACAUCCAUUAAAUAGUGGAGAAAUAAAUAAUAAAUUAAAGUUUCACGAGCGAAGCGAGGGCGGGUCGCUAGUAAUGUAUAAUUGAAUAAAAUGUCGAAAUUAAUCAGUUUGACGCAUUUAAUUAGUUAGUUGAGCAGUGUUUAGAAAUUAACAUUAAUUCGUUGGUCUUAUUGUUCUAAUAGUUCUCUGGUCAAUGCCCUCCUCUCAAACAUGAAUUGCGCAACAUUUUGUUAUUGUAAAAUGAUCUCGAACUCAAAGGACAAAACUGUACAUGUCAUGCUUAGAAAAAUGUUAAAUUGACUUACAAUAUGAUAACAAACACAUAUCAUUUACGAUUGGGAAUAAAAAGGUUUAAUAAAAAUAAUAGGUCAAUAAAUUUUUUGGGUAUAUUUCUUAAUUUCAUAAUGAUAAGACGCAAUAUUCCAAAUACUAUAAAAUAGGUCGUAUUCAUUUCGAUUGCAUCAGUUUGAUCAUUGCAAGCAAACAAAAGUAUUUAAAAAUGAAAUUCUUCGUUGCUUUCGUUGCUAUCGUAGCUGUGGCUGUCGCCAACCCCACCAAGCCCAUUUUCGCACCCGAAAUCAUCGAUUUCCCUCUUCCCGACGGUGGUGCUGUCACUGAGCCAAUCGUGCCCUCCCCCGUUAUCGUUGGACCAGUCGCACCAGGCCAGCCCACUCCUCUCGUUCAGAUCAUUGUGAACGUGAACCAGCCAGGAGCUGAUGCUGCUAUCAUUCCGCAGCCCGUCAUUGUUGACGAGUCCGAUGAAGUCAAACCCGACCCCGUUAUUAUCGCCGAAGAGGCUGAAGAAGGCCCCAUUGUCCCUGAACCCGUAAUCGUUGCUCCCAUCAACCCCAUCCCAGUCGCCCCCGUCAUCAUUGGAACCCCCAUCAUACCCUCUCCUGCCGUCACCCUCCCUGAGGAGCUCAACUAAGUAACUGUGAUAGAACUUGUUUAAAUGCAAUGUCAAUAAUAUAGGCAUUACCUCAAUUGUACGAAUAAAAUUGACACAAAAGUAUAUUGAUACA